ACACUGCUACUGAUAAAAAUGACAAACAGCAAAUAUAAUGAUUUUAGAAAUUCUGAGUUGAGUUACACAAGUUUUAUAUCGUUACCUUAGGAAAUGUGUGCGGAACCAAUGUAAGAAGGCUCUUGGAUGUACGGAAUAUUUCACAGACGGACCGGUCCGUCUUCACAGUUCCCUUCAUAUAGCUAUGGUCCGCAGGCACUGCUUCAGGAAUGGAUGAUGAUGCACCAGAUGAGGCCUUAGCUGAGUUCAAGACAAAGCACCUUGGAGGAUGGGGUGUGGCUCAGAUAGCUGCUGGCACUGGGCUUACUGUAUAUGCCAUGUGGGUGGGAAUCCUCCAGCCGGGCUUCCGAAAAGUGCCCUUGAGGCUACAGGUGCCGUACAUUCCUGCCAGCAAAGCUCAAGUAAAUUGUGUAAUGACGUUGUUUAGAGGUCGAAAGGGGGGCUUUGUGGAUUUGGGAUCUGGUGAUGGCCGCAUUGUCUUGGAAGCACAUCGGCAGGGUUUUACUCCUGCUGUUGGUUAUGAGCUCAACCCUUGGCUUGUUCGCAUGGCCCGCUUUCAUGCCUGGAGAGCAGGUCAUCAUGAGGAAGUGUCGUACCGACGGGAGGAUCUGUGGAAGGUCGACUUGACAGGAUGCAAGAAUAUCACAGUAUUUUUGGCUCCUAGUGUGCUUUCAUUACUCCAGCAGAAGUUGCAGACUGAGCUUCCUGAUGAUGCCUUGGUGGUAGCUGGUCGUUUUCCCUUCCCUGACUGGACACCCUACAGGAUUGAGGGACAUGGUGUGGACAGAGCCUGGGCAUAUAGCAUGAAAGCACAAAGACCGCACACCUUCAAGAAAAAUGACAUCCCCACAAAUAGCAACCUCAACAAUGAAAUAACCAAGAAGAAAGGAUCCACUUGAAGCGACAUGGAUGUUCCUGAUAUGUUUCCCGUCGUAUGUGUACAGAUUGUGAAGCCCUCUGAGGCAAAUUUGUAAUUUGUGAUAUUGGGCUAUACAAAAUAAACUGAAUUGAAAAAUUUAA